ACACGGAGCGAACCUGCCACGUACGAAGCUUUUCUCUCUCGGGUGCGCUCUCUCUCCACAAGCUUGCUGGAAGCAGCCAGCGGCGUUCCUCUUUCAGUAGUUGUCUGAGCGUGAACACACGGACAGGAGAGGCGCGCAGUAGGCUCUGAGGAAUCGACGACGGGGGAACGGAACACACAUACACACACACAAUGAGAGUGCUGGGAUUGAUGCUGUUGGUGGCCGGAUUGGCCCUGGUGGCCGCCGAUGACGAAGUCAAAACCGAGGACAGCGUCCUGGUGCUGACCAAGGACAACUUCCAGAAGGUGAUCGAGGACAACGAGUUCGUGCUGGUGGAAUUCUACGCCCCAUGGUGCGGACACUGCAAGGCUCUGGCCCCCGAGUACGCCAAGGCCGCCCAAGCGCUGGAGGAGAAGAAAUCCACCAUCAAGCUGGGCAAGAUUGACGCCACCGAGGAGCAGGAGCUGGCCGAGAAGCACGGAAUCCGUGGCUACCCGACGCUCAAGUUCUUCCGCAGCGGAACCCCGAUCGAGUACACCGGAGGUCGCGAAAAGGACACCAUCAUCUCGUGGUUGGAGAAGAAGACCGGACCGGCCGCCAAGGAGCUGGAGACCGUCGAUGCCGCCGAGGAGUUCCUGAAGGAGAACAAGGUCGUCGUGGUUGGUUUCUUCAAGGAUCGUGAGUCUGCCGAGGCCAAGGCCUUCCUGUCCGCUGCCAACGCCGUCGACGAGUAUCCGUUUGCCAUCACCUCGAGCGACGAUGUGUACGCCAAGUACGAGGCCAAGUGCGGAUCGAUCGUGCUGUUCAAGCACUUUGACGAUGGAAAGGCCGUCUUUGAGGGUGAGGUUAGCGAGGAUGCGCUCAAGAAGUUCGUCGCCGCCCAGGCUCUGCCACUGAUUGUCGAGUUCAGCCACGAAACUGCCCAGAAGAUCUUCGGAGGAGAAAUCAAGAACCACCUGCUGUUCUUCAUCUCGAAGGAGGCCGGACACUCGGAAAAGUACAUCGACCCUGCCCGUGAGGUUGCCAAGAAGUUCCGCGAGAAGAUUCUGUUCGUGACCAUCGAUGCCGACCAGGAAGACCACCAGCGCAUUCUGGAGUUCUUCGGAAUGAAGAAGGAUGAGGUCCCGUCGAUGCGUAUCAUCCACCUGGAGGAAGAUAUGGCCAAGUUCAAGCCCGAAUCCGCCGACCUGUCCGCCGACAAGAUCGAAGCCUUCGUGUCCAACUUCCUGGAGGGCAAGCUGAAGCAGCACCUGCUGUCCCAGGAACUGCCCGAGGACUGGGACAAGACCCCCGUCAAGACCCUCGUCUCGACCAAGUUCGACGAAGUCGCCCUCGAUGCCAGCAAGGACGUCCUGGUCGAGUUCUACGCUCCGUGGUGCGGACACUGCAAGCAGCUGGUGCCCAUCUACGACAAGCUGGGUGAGCACUACGCCGACUCCGAGACGAUCGUCAUCGCCAAGAUGGACGCCACCGCCAACGAACUCGAGCACACCAAGAUCAACUCGUUCCCGACCAUCUACCUGUACCGAAAGGGCGACAACCAGAAGGUUGAAUUCCGAGGCGAACGCACCCUGGAAGGAUUCAUCGCCUUCCUGGACGGCAAGGACGCCGCUGAGGAACCCGAGGUGAAGGAAGAUGUCGAGGAAGACGCUCCCUCCAAGGAUGAGCUGUAAAUCUGCGCUUGCAAACAUUACGAUUAGUGCAAAUACACACAAGGAUAGGGACACUUUCAAAACAUCAGCAAAUUGCAUUCAAAAAAACACUACACAAAAACACAAACAGAAAUUCAAACAAACAAAACAGUGCUGUAAGAUAGUCGCGAGUUAGGAUUCUCCCCGUCCCCCCACAUCUACCAUUUUUCCCCCCUCUUUCCAACACGUGUUUUAGGUAAAAAAAAAGGUAGACAGAAGAAACCCGGUUCAAGAUAGAAACAGCAGCAGCGAUUGUGUAGGAAUUAAAGGCGAAACUUUGCAAGAGACUGUAACUUUUUAUUUAGUAAUUUGUAAAACGUGUGAGAGCUGUCUGUCGCGCGGAAAACGGGGAAAACCAAAAAAACAAAGUUUGAACGGCGACCGGGUCCGGAUGGUGCGUGUGCAGCAGAAGCAGAAGCGGAGGAAGCAGACUGUGAGAAAGAGAUGCAUUUUUUCAAAUGUUAUAUUAACAUUAAAGGAAUAAAACUGGAGAAAUCGUGAAAAAAGA